ACAGGAGAGUGAAGCCUCGGCGGACUGUGGAGAAACCCAUGUCGCCGGAACUUUGACCGACCAUUUGGACGGCCAAAUGACGUCCGUUUUGCCUGAAUUUUUGAGGAGGUGUUCUACUCGACGAGAGGAACGAUUAUACGAUGACCGAUCAUGAUUUUAACGGUCGAAUUUUUAGAUCAGUGGUGAGAAGUUGGGAUUCCCCAAUCAAUUAAACAUGGCUGAGGAGAGGGGUCCAGUAGAGUUGGGCAUGGCACCCGGCGCAGAUUCGAACAUGAAAGAAGACAGCGUAACAGCUAAGAAGAAGGUAAAACAGCGGCCAAUCUUCGUAGGUGUGUCCAUGGCUAGAGAAAAACGUAGGAUUGAUCAAACAAAUAGAAAUGCUCUUUCCACACAUGGGCUCCAAGCCCCUGAUCAGAGGAAAAAACGGUGGGCAAGCACCGCAGAAGCGAGCAUGGAAAGAAAGAAGGGGGUUCGACUUUUAGGCAUGCCAACGUCGGCAGAUGUGGAAAUGGAUGGAGAAAAACUGACAAUUUGUCAAACAAAUAAAAGUGCUCCUCCCACACAAGGCCUCCCCGCCCCCACUGAUGAAUAUGAACAUGUGGAGCAGGAUAGAUUAAUGGAUAGCCGCAUGUACAUGCAGGCGACCCAAGGACAUGUUGGUAACUUUAUUCGAAUUUUAUUCUCGAUAUCCUCCGAAAAGGACCUUCAUCACUCAGAAAUUCUCUGCCAAUUUAGUCACCAGAAAAACACAUGCCUCCACAUAGCAGCAAGCUUUGGACACCAUGAUCUUGCCAAGUACAUCGUGAGAGAGUGUCCAGAUCUUAUCAGAAAUAAAAACUACAAAGGCGACACGGCACUUCAUAUUGCUGCUAGAAAAAGGAAUUUAUCUUUCGUUAAGAUUGCCAUGGAUUCAUGUCCUUCUGGAAGUGGCACAUCCCGAGAUAUAGAGAAGGCUGAGCAUCCAUUGCUGAGAAUUGUUAACAAAGAAGGAAAUACAGUGUUACAUGAGGCAUUGAUAAACCGUUGCAAACAAGAAAAUGUGGUGGAUAUCCUUAUUAAGGCAGAUCCCCAAGUGGCUUAUUAUCCGAAUAAGGAGGGAAAGUCGCCAUUGUAUCUAGCUGCAGAAGCACACUACUUCCAUGUCGUCGAGGCUAUAGGAAAAUAUGAAGUUGAGGAGCACAUGAACCGCGAAGGCAAGCCGGCAGUCCAUGGUGCCAUUCUGGGAAAGAAUAAAGAGGCGUUGGAAAAAUUACUAGCCAGGCAGCAAGUCCCCCGAAAAGAUAAACAUGGAAGGACUCCACUUCAUUAUGCGGCAUCGAUUGGAUAUCUUGAAGGAGUUCAAAUGUUGUUAGCUAGAGACCAAUCUAACUUUGAUCGAUAUCAUAGGGACGAUGAAGGCUUCUUACCCAUCCAUGUUGCAUCAAUGAGAGGCUAUGUAGACAUUGUCAAAGAGUUGCUCCAGGUCUCCUUUGACUCAAUAGAAUUGCUUAGCAAACACGGUGAGAACAUUCUUCAUGUGGCAGCCAAGUAUGGUAAAGAUAAUGUAGUCAAUUUUGUGCUGAAAAAAAAAGGGCUGGAGAACCUUAUAAAUGAGAAGGACAAAGGUGGAAACACGCCACUGCAUUUGGCUACCAUGCAAGUGCAUCCUAAGGUCGUAAACUAUUUAACAUGGGAUAAAAGAGUACGUGUGAAUCUUGUGAAUAAUAAAGACCAGACUGCUUUCGACAUUGUUGUAUCAGUGAAGCAUCCAACUUCAUUUCACCAGGCACUAAUUUGGACAGUACUCAAAUCUGCUGGUGCACGACCAGUAGGAAAUUUACAGUACUCUGAAUUACCUUUUACAGACAAGUACAAGGACAGGGUAAACACUCUUUUGUUGGUUUCGACCCUUGUUGCCACAGUGACAUUUGCUGCUGGUUUUACCAUGCCAGGUGGCUACAACAGUUCUGACCCAAAUGUCGGAAUGGCUACCUUGCUAAUGAGAAGUAUGUUCCAUAUGUUCAUCAUCUGCAAUACCACUGCUAUGUAUACUUCCAUCCUUGCGGCAAUGAUCCUCAUUUGGGCACAAAUAGGUGAUGUCAAUUUGAUGGGUACUGCCUUCAGAAUUGCAUUGCCAUUAUUGUGGCUGGCCCUUUAUGCAAUGUCCUUUGGCUUCAUGGCAGGUGUUUCGUUGGUGGUUAGUAAUCUUCAUUGGCUUGCAAUUGUUGUCUUCAUUAUUGGAAUCAUCUUCCUUGUUAGUCUCUCAAUACCUUUUAUUUUAUUCUUCCUCCCAAGUAAGUCUACUAAUUGUAUCCUUAGGUACAUCUCCUAUUAUCCGAUCCUUUUACUGGUAUGGGCAUCUGAAAGCCCUGGAAUCAAACAGGAAGAUUAGCUUGCCCUGUUGAUGAUGUAUGCUAGCUCCAUCUUCUCCUAUGUCUGUUGCUUCUUUCAGCAUUAUCUCAAUGACUUGGUAGACAAAGCAUGUUAUGAAUAAAUGCUUAAUGUGAUUAGAACUUAAAUAUAUUGGUGGUGUUGUACAUGAUCAUUUGCCAUAUAAA